AUGUUGCGCCAAAUCAAACCCCGUAAUGCCCGCAGCAAACGCGCUCUCACAAAAAAAGCACCCAAGCCUGUCGAGAACCCCAAAACAGCCCUCUUCCUCCGCUAUACCACAUGUUCGCAACCUACUCAAGACUGUCUCACAGAUCUCCAUACUCUUCAUUUACCUCUCGCAAAGAAGUUCACCAAGAAGAAUAACAUUCAUCCUUUCGACGAUCCCACUUCCCUUGAGUUUUUCUCCGAAAAGAACGAUGCUUCCCUCUUAGUUUUCGGUUCCUCAUCUAAGAAACGACCACAUUCCAUCACUUUCAGCAGAAUGUUCAAUUAUAAGGUUUUGGAUUUGUUGGAGUUGAAUCUUGAUGCCGAUUCAUACAGAUCUUUGAGCCAGUUCAAAAACAAGAAAUGCGCCGUCGGAUUGAAGCCUUUGAUUCUUUUCUCGGGUACUCCUUUCGAGAGUCCAGUCACCGACGAAUAUACUCUUGCGAAAUCGAUGUUCCUCGAUUUCUUCAAGGGAGAGCCUGCGGACAAAGUUGAUGUGGAGGGUCUCCAAUAUAUUGUGUCUAUCUCAGCCAGGGAUAGUGUAGAUGGAGAAGAGGCGAAGCCAAAGAUUCAUUUACGAGUAUACUUAAUACGAACGAAGAAGAGUGGUCAAAAGUUGCCACGAGUCGAGGUCGAGGAGAUGGGCCCAAGGAUGGAUUUCAGAGUUGGCAGAGUCCAGGAAGCAGAUGAAAGCAUAAUGAAGGAGGCAAUGAGAAGAGCAAGAGGAAGCGCGGAGAGACCCAAGAAGAACAUCACUACGGAUAUUGUUGGUGAUAAGAUGGGCAGAAUACAUCUCGGUAAACAGGAUCUGAAGGAGUUGCAAACUAGAAAGAUGAAGGGUUUGAAGAGAAGCAGAGAUGUGGCUGAUGACGAUGAGGGUGGUGAUGAAGUUGAUGAUAUCGUUAGUGAUGAUGAGCCUGUGAAGAGGUCGAAGAAGGCAUGA